AUGAUAAUUCUAAUUGAUGAAGCAACAGCCCAUAUGGAUGAACAAACACAUUUAUUAAUGAGCAGAUUAAUAUCAAGUAUGGGAUGUACAUUAAUUGCAAUAGUUCAUCGUCUUACUGGUCUAGAUGAACAUUAUGAUUGGGUUAUUGAAAUGAGCAAUGGUCAAAUAGCUAGAGAGGGACCGCCAUCACUUUUCUCCCGAAAAUAA